GCACGCACACUAGACCUGACACUAUUCUUACACUUACAUGUUAUGAAGACUGUAUAACACUAUCUUUUCUAACUUCUCUUCAGUUCCUCCAUACUCAAUCUCAAAUUACUUGCAUAAAAAAACAGUGUCCAGUUAAAGGCUUUGUGAUGAAAGUAAAUGGGGUUCAAUUGGAGCACAUAUGAAUUCAUAGGUUUUUCUCCAUCAACUAUUACUUGAUAACAGACCAAGAUGGAGGUCAAUGAAGCAGCAAAAAUAGCUAUAGCUAGGCCAGUCGCUUCAAGGCCUCGAUGUCCUAUUUACAAGUCUUUCUCAGAGCUCCUGGCUGGUGCGAUGGAUAUCUCAUCCACGAAUGUUCAUUCUGAAAUGGCUAUUACAGCCAUAAGACCAAAGACUGUCAGGCUAAAGCCUGCAACAAACCAUGCUUUAGUUGGAGAGCUUUCUUCACAGGUUGGCACGUCUGAGGCACCAGUUGGUUGUCGAUCUGGUAACAUCUUGCAAUCGGUAGAGAAAUCCAAGGUCUUAUAUAAACCCAUGGCUAAACUUGCACCAAGGAAAACAGUUCCUCUCCUUGAAAAUAAGGGAAGCUCUGCAUCUGAUCAGCAACGGGAAAUAGCUGAGGGUGAGGCUCGUGUUCAAUCAGCAAAUGAAGUUAAACAACAACAUGACCUUACGACAGGAUCUCAACAAAGUCUCUUUGCAAAAUCACGAAAGGACAAAAGAAUAGUGGACUCAACAAUUGUAUCAGAGAGCACAGAAGAGGUUGCACAAUCUUUGAUCAACACAAGUAAUGUCGAUCGUCCUAGUUAUGAUGGGUAUAAUUGGAGAAAAUAUGGACAAAAACAAGUUAAAGGAAGUGAAUACCCGAGAAGUUACUAUAAAUGCACGCAUCUAAAGUGUCCUGUGAAAAAGAAGGUUGAAAGAUCAUACGAUGGCCAGAUUGCUGAAAUUGUUUACAGGGGCGAGCACAACCACCCGAAGCCUCAGCCUCCUAAAGGACGAGCAUCCGCAUUCAAUGACACUUCUAAAGAAACAAAUAAAUCUGCAUGGAGUAACCAAAAUCCUCAGACGAGUGAACCUUAUGUCUGUAGGACAGAAAAUCAGACUGAUGUCGGGUUGACUAUACAUUCAGCUUAUUCCAGCAAAACGCCAUGCUUUCAUGAACCCAUUGCAGCGGCAGGAACGCACAUUUCUGGCAGAAAUUGUGAUGAUUCUGCUGAAGGAAGUAAAAAGUUGGAGGCUACUUGUGACGAACCAAAAACUAAAAGAAGGAAAAUUGAAGGCCAACACAAUGGAGCAGGUACAUCAGGGGAUAGUGGAUUUCCUUAUAUUCUAAAUCAAAAUACUACUGACUCUGAAAGUACAGAGGAUGGCUUUCGCUGGCGAAAAUAUGGUCAGAAGGUUGUGAAGGGAAGUUCAUAUCCCAGGAGCUAUUAUAGAUGCACAAGUCCUAAAUGCAGCAUGCGCAAGUUUGUUGAAAGAACAAUGGAUGAUCCAAAAGCCUUUAUUACUACAUAUGAGGGUAAACACAACCAUGGCGUUCCAAAUACAAGACCAAAUUCAGAGGCAUCCAAAACAAGCUCAAAAUCUUCAGCUAUGAAAGAGAAAUCAUAGUCGACGUGCUCAGAACAACCCGAUGCCAACAAAAUAAACUAUAUGCUAAUAUUAUAUUCUCAAGAAGAUGGUUUAGCAAAUGGGAAAUUAAUGAAGUUAAACUUACUGCAGUACUCUCAUUAUAUUUCCUUUGCUAAACCGCUCUUUUUUUGAAAUAUUACAAAAGACAGACCAUGGUCCAUGUUGAGUUGAACUCACUGAACCCCUAUGCCAGAAGAGGGGGUUUUGAGCUCUUUCCAAAAGCAUCAAGAAUGUAAACAAUUGGCCUCUAUCAUUCCUGUUAAGUUGAGAAACAGUUAUCUCAUAAUGACCUCUUAUUUGAGUAAAUUAUAUUUUCCUACCUAAUUUAUAGGAUAAGUUGGCAAAACUUUUGCAGAGAAGUGAAGGGCUAAUUCCUCCACUUACCAUGCAGUUAUUCCGUUGAUUACUUCUACGUUGGAGUAAUUGUGGAAUCAGAAUACGAAAGUAUAUUUCAUUUUUGGUGUA